AUGGAGAAGAAGCAAGAGAAAAAGCAUGAGCAGCAGAUGGAGAAAAGGCCAGAGAGUUCUCACGAAGACAAGAAGGUAAACUCAGAGGGUCUCCCAGUUGAGGACAGUCCUUACGUGAAUUACGGAGACUUGGAGGAUUACAAGCGUAAAGCGUAUGGGACUGAAGGUCAUCUUGAGCCGAAGACUGGCCGUGGCGCUGGUGCCAGUACUGAUGCGCCAACUAUUUCUGGCGGAGCUCUCUCCUCUUGA